CAGAGGGACCCACUGUGGUCCAGAUCUCAAGACAAUAAAAGAGAUGAAUAAGAAAGCCCGUCUGUUCUGUCCUGACACAGCAGGGUGGGAAAGACGCCAAGCCACACCGAUUGCAGAUGAGCCUAUGUUUAGUUUGGAAAGGGAUGUCUCAGAAAGUUCCAGAGCCACAAAGGAGUGAGGAUGGAGGCUGAGAACUCUCCCAAAGGGCCAGGGUGGGCAUUCCCACCCCAGAGCCCUGCCCACGCUGGGUUCAGGGAAAAUUCAAUAAACCUGGCACCCAGUAAAGGCCUGCCUACCCUGUCCCUUCUUGCCUUCACCCAGUCCCCGAAGCUAAUGGAAGGUCAAGCCAUCUCCAGGCCACUGUGGUUGAGACACGGGCUGGCUGGCACGGCAUAUGUGGUAUUUAUCUCCCACGUGCUUGUUGCUUUGUAGAAGGAAAGAGACGCUGACUUUCGGAAUCUGAAGACCAGGGUUCAAGACCACCAGUGCUACUUGCCACUGUGAGAUCUCUGGCAGGAGACCUCUCACCUUUCAGCCUUCGCACACUUUCUUGUGACAUGGGGACCGUGACCGUCCCACCUCUGAGUCACUGCGUAUGAGGACACAAAUGGCCCCCGUGGUGGUUGUGAAACAGUUUAGCCCUUUACGUCAUCUAUAAAGACAUUUAUCUGCAGGUUCUCCCAGGCCUUGUGACUCCCGGGGCCCCGAGAGGUUAGCGCACGAGUGCGCGCACGUCCACGUGAGGCACCAAGGACACAGCCAACAUGAACUGGGGAUUUCUCCAGGGGAUCCUGAGCGGCGUGAACAAGUACUCCACAGCGCUGGGCCGCAUCUGGCUGUCGGUGGUCUUCAUCUUCCGGGUGCUGGUGUAUGUGGUGGCGGCGGAGGAGGUGUGGGAUGACGAGCAGAAGGAUUUCAUCUGCAACACCAAGCAGCCCGGCUGCCCCAACGUCUGCUAUGACGAGUUCUUUCCCGUGUCCCACGUGCGCCUCUGGGCCCUGCAGCUCAUCCUGGUCACCUGUCCUUCCCUGUUAGUGGUCAUGCAUGUGGCCUAUCGCGAAGAGCGAGAAAGGAAACACCGCCUCAAACAUGGGCCCGACGCCCCGGCCCUGUACAGCAACCUGAGCAAGAAGAGGGGCGGCUUGUGGUGGACGUACCUGCUGAGUCUCAUCUUCAAGGCCGCGGUGGACUCGGGAUUCCUCUAUAUCUUCCACUGCAUUUACAAGGACUACGACAUGCCCCGCGUGGUGGCUUGCUCUGUGCAGCCCUGCCCCCACACCGUGGACUGUUACAUCUCCCGACCCACGGAGAAGAAGGUCUUCACCUACUUCAUGGUAGUCACAGCAGCCAUCUGUAUCCUCCUCAACCUCAGUGAGGUCGCCUAUCUGGUGGGCAAGAGAUGCAUGGAGGUCUUCCGUCCCCGGCGCCGGAAAACUUCCAGGAGGCACCAGCUACCCGAUACGUGCCCACCGUAUGUGAUCUCCAAAGGUCACCCCCAAGAUGAGAGCACCGUCCUGACAAAGGCCGGGAUGGCCACAGUGGAUGCAGGUGUGUAUCCAUGACCUGCAGGUAGGGUUCUGAGAUGACUGCCCGUCCACUGAAGCCACCCAGGAAAAUGGGUGAAGGGAGUGUGGCUCUCGGCAGCAGGUCAGGCAGGGAGUAUGGCUGUGGGGACUCCGGAAGUUCAUCCGAGAGCUAGCAGAAGAUGAGAAGCACCCUUGAGCCCCUAGAUCCUGAGCCUCCAGGGACUUGAUGGCUGGUGGGGAUUUUAUAUUUGUCAAUAGAGUACCUCAACCCUAUUAAUAAAUAUGCUCCAAGUGCUUUGGAGACACGUGGAGAA